AUGUCGGACACAAAGAGAAGUUACAGCGAGGACCCAGAGUCGGUCGCAGCCCAUGAAGACAAGAAACCACACACAAAACCAGGGCGGAAACCUAUUGACGCCGAGCCCAAGUCGAAAAGAACAGCCCAGAACAGAGCUGCACAGCGAGCUUACCGUGAGCGGAAAGAGCGCAAAAUGAAGGACUUGGAAGAGCGUGUGGCGCACUUGGAAGACGACAAGAUCAAAGCUGCGUCCGAAAAGGAUUUCUUGCGGGCACAAAUUGAGUUAUUGAAGGGGGAGUUGAGUCGUUACAAAGGAAGCAGCGACAUUUCCGAGCUCCUAAACUUGACCGCGAAGCAGUUUUCAUGGAACCAGAAGGACAGCGCCCAGAAACAAGUCAAGGAGGAACCUCGGGAUAAACCUUCCACAAGCCCAGAAGGGCAACUACCGGAUUUGGUUAGCGGUUCCUCCUCCUCCACAUCUCCGCUUGACGAUACCUUGCACAUAUCAACCAACUCGAGCGAAACCUCUGCGUCUUUGCACCAGGGUAUCAGCCCCGAGAACCAAUUUAGUGCCGGUUUUGAGGAGCAACUAGAUCCUUUCUGUGUCAACUUGAAUGAGGCAUGUGGCAAUAAACUGCGACCUGAACCCAAGUACUACAGGUCCAGCGAUCCUGUGCCACCACUUAGCCCAGAAGAGUUGAACGAACAACAAGCCAAUAAAUGGAAGUACGAAUCUCCAUUCCAUACGCUUUUUUCUCCGAAUGAGAGCGUGAACGAUCCAUUUUUCAACUCCACAGGAACAGCUUUCCACCUCCCUGUGACCGACGUGAACGAUGACCCCUUGUCUUUCUUGAACGACAAUAAUUUCGACGUUUCUUUGGCCUUGGGUCCAGGAAACGAUGUCUUGCCUGGCAAGAAUGCGGACGCUGAUCCGCUUGCAGGCUUGACUACAGAGGAGUCUAUGUACGAUCCUUUGAAUCUGGUGAAUACUGACUUCAACUUCAACGAAUUUGUCAAGAGUAGUCUCCCGUCGGAUGUUAGCUCACAUGCUAACUCAGUAUUGGAUGCCAGCAAACCUGGCUCCUCGGCCACCAGCGUCAACACCUUCACCAGUCCUGUGGAAAAGGACGACUUAGAAGUUGUUCCAGCACCAGGAAAACAAGUCAAGUGCUCUGAAAUAUGGGACAGAAUCACCUCGCACCCAAGAUACACAGACAUUGAUAUUGAUAGCUUGUGUAGUGAAUUGAAGAGCAAAGCCAAGUGCUCGGAGAAGGGUGUUGUGUUGGAUGACAAGGAUGUGGAUUCGCUUAUUGCGCGCUCUGCUGUCAAGCAGCGCUGA